AUGUUUCUUUUGGAGGCUUCGACAACUGCAAACUUCUUCACAUUUUUUCUAGAUAGCGACACAAAGUCCAGUUUUGUAAAUUUGAUCAACGAUGUUAGUUCAACUGAAAUGACUUCUACCACUCCGAACAACUUUUCGGUGAUCAUCUCAAAUGUUCAUGUAAACAGUUCAAUUGAGAUCCCUCCAAAUGUUCUUAUGAACAAUUCGACCAGCGUGGACGUUCAGCCAUCAUCCUUCCUUGCUAGGGAUAGUUUGUAUUCAAAAACUUCUGCAUUAGUAAAAUGUAUCGUUCUCUUUAUAACAGUGACGACGGGUUGGUUCGGCAAUACCAUGACAUUAAUAGCCCUGAAGAGACACGUUUCCAGCAUGCGUAAACCAACGGCUGCAUUUAUUGCAAGUCUCUCAGUCUGCACCAUGAUUUGUGGUUUGUCUGCUUUCAUCCAGGCAUACUGGAGUCUUCGUUUGUAUUAUUACGAAACACCCGCCUGUUCAGUGAGACUAGACCUUCUUAUGUCAAUUCCUUUCCAACAGUUGGGUCCUGUUUUGGUUUACUUUCAGAUUUUACUGCUCUCCAUCGAUAGGUAUAUAGCUAUUGUCCACCCGUUCCAUUAUGAGAACUGGCUUACGGAGAGGCAUAUUAAGCUAAUGAUAUUUGCAUCUGUCGUAUGCACAUUUUGCUACAUUCCUGCCUACGUUUUCAACGGCAGCUCUUCAUGCUCUGUUGCAUACACAGAUACACAAAUGUCCAUUGCUCUGAUUAGUGACUAUAUUGUCGUCACUAUCGUCAUUUUUUAUACCUAUUCAAGAAUUAUGUUUGUAGCCUUUCAACAAAGAAAAAGAAUUUCUUCUGAAAUAGUUAACAAUACAAAACUCGCGAUAGUUUCUACCAUCACUACAUCCCUUUCAAAUGGAAAUGAUAUAAAACCAAUCAUCAAAAAAGAAAAUCAAGUUCCCACAAAGAAGCAAGAAUUUAAAGCCGCAAAAACAGUAGCAAUCAUCGUGGGUUUCUACUUCUUGUGUUGGACUCCAAUAGUUCUAAUCAGAGCAGUCAAAAUUUUAACAAAAGUUAAUUUAUCCGUCGUCAUCUUAUACAUGAACGAUGUUGGAAUUAUCUUCUGUCAAAUUAACAUCUGCUUAACAUGGCUAAUCUUUGGCAUCACUGAUAAAAACAUGAAAGUCGCUUUUUUGAAAAUUCUUCACAUCAAAGUUUGA